AUGGCAGAAAACAGAACCACGGAAUUCCUGAACUUGGCUCGCAGCUUACCAGAGGCCAGCAUGCCACCAAAACCCCCGGCAUCGGCCUCCUCCUUGGCUUCCAAUGCCUCUGGUCGAUAUGCCCAAAGUGAAUCCGCUGUCAAUCAAUUGAGAGACUUUCACUCAACAGCUGGUGUAAUUUCUCGUGAUAUUGCUGGAACCUCUGCCAUGCUGGGCGAACUUACCAAACUAGUCCGGCAAAAGUCCUUGUUUCACGAUGACACCUCCAAAAUCAAUGAUCUCGUAGUACGAAUCAAAUCCUCGAUUGAAAACUUGAAUGGACGACUGGAUGAUGCAGGACAUCAAAUUGCACAGCAAAAGAGAACUUUCGGAAAGAAUUCUCAAGUUGGACAACAAACGACAAAUUUGGUAGCACAACUGAAGGAAGAAUUCGGACAAGCGGCAGGCGGUUUUAAGGCAAUUUUGCAGCAACGAACCGAUGUCAUGAAGGAGACGGACGAUAGAAAACGUCAAAUUUAUGGUGCAGAUGAGGAUGUUCCAGUUCUCAACCUAGAAAACAAGCCGCCAGUCUAUGGUGAAUCCAGCACUAGCAUGGGAGCCAUGGGAUUCCCAACUCUUGACUUGACUAGUGGAAUGUCCACUGGAGAGCCAACCUCAAGCGGAUCACAAUUGCCCCGUCCUCAUGGAACACACGGGUACGGCGAUGGAGGUAUGAGACUCCGCAAGACUCAAAGCGACAUGGCAGCGUCGCCGUAUGGUGGAACCCCGGGCUACUAUGGUCGGCAAGACUCUACACCACUUACGCCCUAUGAUAUUCAACGCAUGGAGCAAGAAUCAGGGCAAGAUCAAAUGAUGCAACUCAUUCCAGACCAAGAUUAUCUCCAAGAACGUGCGAAUGCCAUGGAAACAGUAGAGUCCAAUAUUGUGGAACUUGGAACUAUUUUUAACAAACUUGCAGUCAUGGUCAACGAGCACAAGGAAAUGGUUCAACGAGUGGAAGACAAUGUGGACGAUGCAAAUGCUACCAUCAACUUUAGUCUCAACACCUUGACUGAUACAUUGACAAACCUGCAGAGCAACAGGGCACUCAUGUUGAAAAUCUUUUCGGUGAUUGUGAUCUUUAUCAUCACCUUUAUCAUUUUCGUUGCAUAA